AUGGCUCAUGCGGAGAAGCCGCAUAUACCUCCGCCAAGACCUAUGAAGAGUCUGACGUCGCACUGGAGAAGAUUGGCAGCAGACACACUACAGUGGAUAUCUUGCUAUGAUGAAGCGGGUAGACUUCCGAAGGGAGGGAGUGGUUACAACGAAGCUGACCGUAUAAAAAGUGGGUCGAAGCUUUUUCAUCUCGCCCAAGGUCGCAAUUUCGCUUUUCCUCACGCGGUUGAAAUGCUUAAUAAAGAUCCAAAGUGGAGGCCAAAGUUGAGAUGGUCCUUGUCAAAGGAGGAAAGAAAAGCUGCUUGUGAUGUUGAGGAGCAAGGUAGUGCUAGAAGUGGGAAGAGGUCCAGAGAUGAUGGAGGGGAUGAAACCCUUACGGAUGGUUUUUCAUCUAGAGGAAUACAACGACCCGAAGGUGUGAAGAAAGCAAAGGCCAAGCGUAAAGGGAAAGAAGUAGCUUCAGAAAGUGGUUCGUCUGAGCUUAGCGAACGAAUGAAGGAAUUUGCUACAAUUCGCGAAAGGGAGGCCAUUCUGAAGGAAGAAAGGAUCAAAAUUGAAAAGGAUAAGGAACAGAGGAAACGAGAGGAACUUGACAAUCAUAAGAUGAGAACCAUGUUUGAUAUGCUGCAAACUCUAAAGAAUUCUCCUACGCCACCACUUCUGAAGAAGAGUCGUACAAGAAUUUUUUACUCGGUAAAUUACAGGGCUUUUAAGCAUGUUUUGUUGUAG